UCACUUCGUGGUUAACUCCAUACACACGUCCUGACCAAAUACAGGUCAAUUCGUCGUUAAUAAGUUACAUUAGUUUCCACAAUUAAAACGUUUUCCUGUAUCUGUUGAUACGAUGGGUAGCUUUGACAGAAUUUAGGGACGUGAUGUCGAGAUAUUUUUAAUUGUUCUGCUUUUUCCGAGUUCGGGGGUGCGUCCCUGUCGCUAUCCGAAAAGUAACUAAAAAGUCCGCCUUUUAAUACGAAAGUGAAUGCAACACACCCCUGACGCCAACAUGGGACCAUCCGCAGUCAGGCGAGAUGAAGACAUUUGCAAAUCAAAAGAAACACCGGUGUCUUUACCGAAGCACUCAUAUUGGUUUGAUUUUUGGGUCUUCGUUGUCUUUGACGUCGUCUUUUUCUUGGUCAUGUAUUUCGUAGUACCAUAAAAUGGUUGGCCUUACGAGGAAGCAAGUUGGAGACUGAAGACGUGGGAGCAUCCUGAUGAAAAUGCUCACCCUGCUUUGACUGAAUUUAACACAACCUCUACAUCCUGUGCGACAUUUUAAAUGUUAAAGCAUUGGAACUGUGCAUUUUACACUGUUGUUGUGACCUGAACCACAAAAGUCCUCCCAAUGCAACCUCCUUGUCAGUUGUAAAGGACUAAUCAAUGCAAAUUGUGUAUUUAUUCGGACUUCGAAACGUCCUGUAUGGUAUUUUACAUGGUACAACCAUGACUGUGACCAAGACAACAGAUCUGCUCAGUGUUUGUGAAAGUAGGUUUGUUCUGCAUCUCCAUUUUGCCUUAAACCCAAACAAACACUGGGAAGAAAUGGGUAAUGUCAGGCCUAAGUGGGGUGAUAAGACAACAGAACGCGAUGAAAUGUGAAGUCACUCAAGACAUAUUUGUGGAAUUUACGCUCUGUGAAACUGCUUUUUGGGAACUGUAUUUCAAUUGCAGUCUUGCGUUACACACCUACAAAAUAAAGCCGUUAUCUCAUUUUAAUACUGUAUUAUUAUUGUGUGUACAGUUAAAUGUGGGAUAACUAAAAACACAUUUUAGAUGAGUUUCGCAAACCUAACGGAUAAGCGGUGAAAAUUCGUGCUUUUACUUUGAAUAAAGGAUAAGUGUAUUUCCUGUUUUGGUCACAUGCGUGCUUUUACUUUGAAUAUUUCCUUUUUAGUGGGGGAAGUUCCGUUUUACAUUCAGACUAAUGUAUCUGUAAUAUCAAUCAUCUCUGCUAUGGCGACGACUGUGAGUGCCUGUCGAUUGGAAAACACAGCCAUGUGGCAAGUGGCUCAGCAGAGAGACGUCCUUGAUUAUGACAAACUGGAUGAGUUUGUGACCUUGGUGACAGCAACUGUACCUGACCUCCUCAGUGCAAAGCAGCGCAGUACACUGCUUCUCCGACUGAGAGCUAAGGUCAUUCUUGAGUUGUGCCGAAAAGAGGAAACUGCAAACAUGUCGUGUAUUCAACCUCACUUGGCACGAAUCCGGCCGCCAGGGUACAAAGGAGUGAGUCGGUUCUGUCUGGUGUGAUCUACUUUGCUGCAUCCAUUCCAGUAGUAGCAGUAGUUUCUUCCAGAGCGGUGAUGCUGAGGUAGAUGCAGAGGAGGCCAUUUUCCUUGAGCUCAUCCAAACCCUCCUUAGAGAUCCAGCAGAAAGGGAGCAUUUUUAUCAGGCAUGCUUUUUCUUAUUUUCUACUACAUUCCCACUUCCUUUACGUUAACUACCAUGUUCCUUCCCAGGAUGUUUUCCCAACACAGUACGGUCUCAGCCAUGAUGCAGAUAUGCAGCUCCUCAUGUGGGAGCUUCUUUCCAAACUGGAGAAACUCUUGCCAGUGCCCAACCUCACUCAGACUGUAUCAUGGCUGACAUCUGGUCCCUCUGUCCUGAAGGACUAUGUGCAAGUACUGUCCAACCCUGCUGACCUGAAGUCUCUCCUGCAGCACCUUAAGUGCUUGGAGCACCUCAGCUCGACAGGUGGUGCCGCUGUGGAGAUGUCCUCUCAGGUGUUUGCUUGCUCCCACUGUCCAUUCUUCCACAUGCAAGAGUCGUACCUACAGGAGCACAUUCAGCUCAACCACCCGGAGCAUUGCAGCAAACUCCAAGAGCUUAAAGAUGCUUCAGUGGAACAGCAGCAGAAUAAGAUCCACUGCCCGAAAUUCCCCAAACCGUUCCCCAAUCACGACAGGCCAAACCCUCACACGUGUAAAGAUUGUGGCAAGACGUUCACGCGGGCCUCAGAUGUGACACGUCACAUGCGGACACACACAGGAGAGCGGCCAUACACCUGCACGGAAUGUAAAAGAGGCUUUCGGAACUCCUGGGAUUUGAGCAGGCAUAAGCGUGUUCACACUGGAGAGCGACCCUUCCUCUGCUCCCAGUGCGGGAAAGCUUUCACUCAGAUGGGAUUGCUCAAACUGCACUUUGAGCGGAGCCCCUGCGGGCAGACUUCCGAUGACAUGGUGGCGGCAGAAGGCGCGUCGUCUGAGCUGAGCGUGGCUGCGAAGUACAAAUGUCAAAAAUGCGACAAGUGCUUCAGCAGCGUCCUGCAGCGACUUAAACACAGACAAAAGCACGUGUUGAAGCACCAGUACAAAUGCUCCCUGUGCAAGAAGAUCUACAGCAGAGCAUCAGACCUGAAGAGACACCAGAUGAAACACACAGGCGAGCGGCCGUUUGCUUGCGAAUGUGCCAAAAGAUUCACGCACGUGUGGCUCCUGAACAAGCACAGGCACGUCCACACUGGAGAGCGUCCAUACUCGUGCACAGAGUGCGGGAAGACCUUCAUGCAACUCCAGAUCUUAAACAGACAUCUGCUGACUCACACCGACCAGAGGCCUUUCCGCUGCUCCUCCUGCGAGAAGACCUUCACCCAAAUGGCUAGUCUGACACGCCACGAGAGAACACACACUGGCGAGAGACCAUACGUGUGCAAUACAUGUGAUAAGACUUUCCUCACACACGGGGAGCUGGUUAGACAUCAACACAGCCACAGCAGCUUGCGGCCCUUCACUUGCCCGCAGUGCCCCAAAAGCUUCAAGACCAAGCGGGCGCAGACCGAACACGUCAACGUGCACACGGGACAGCGUCCGUUUGUGUGCGCUCACUGCGAUAAGAGAUUCGCCAAGUCAACAUCGCUAAUCCGGCAUAACCUGACUCACACUGGCGAACGGCCGUACCAGUGUACUCAAUGCGGGAAGACCUUCUUGACCUCAGGCGAGCUUCUUCUCCACAAGCGGAUCCACACGGGAGAAAAGCCGUAUCCAUGCUCCCAGUGUGAGCGCAGGUUCAGGUGCUCCUCCGACUUACGCAUGCACAUACGGACACACACCGGCGAGAAGCCUCAUAGCUGCAUGGUAUGCAAAAAGGGCUUUUCUUCAUCAACAAGGCUGAAGAGACACUCACGGACACACACGGAGAGGGAAGUACCUGUUCAGUUAGCUGUCUGAAGUUAAUAAACAUCUGAUCAAGACUCUUCUUUGUGUUGUA